GUGAAGAUCGGGAGACCACUACUCCGCAUAGAACGUCCUCUGGACAGACAAUACAGAGAAAGGUAAAUUAGCCGACAGACAUUACAGUAUUACCAUAGAACCAAGAAAAUAGGCAUAUCGUCCUCGACCCAGAAUCACCUUUUUUUUUCCAAUUAGCGCUGUUGUGUUUCGGGUUUACCACAGACCGGCUCCAUUGGAAGCAGACAACGUCACCGAGCUCUGCAGCGAGUUGCGAAAAGGAAAAGGACAUUUAUUCCCAAUGCUCUCGAAGAUUCACCGCGUGGAGCUCGACAACUUCAAGAGCUACUACGGCAAGGCCGCCAUCGGCCCCUUUAAAGACUUCACCUGCAUUGUCGGCCCCAAUGGCGCUGGUAAAUCCAACUUGAUGGACGCGCUCAGCUUCGUGCUGCGCAACAACCUCCACACCUUAUCUGGCACGGCAGCGUUGCGGGGCAAGGCGCCCGUCGACUUCAUUCAUCGUAAGGCGAGGAAGUCGGGAGAGGGAUGCGGCGUGACACUCGUGAUGCGCCAUCCAGCAUCUCACAAGGCGGUCGUGGCGGAGGACGGCGCCGCUGCCGCGACAACGACAAACGGGCACGGCAGCAACGGAAGCAAUGGCAGUAGCAACGAGACGGCCUUCACGCGGCGCGUGGACGCGCAGGGCGUCGUGACCUGCCUGCUGAACGGAAAGCCUGUCACCGAAAAGCAGUACGUCGCCGCUCUCGCUCAGCACCGCAUUGGCGAGCGGGUCGACACCUUUCUCGUCUUCCAGCACCAAGUCGAGGCGGUGGCGCAGAAGAAGGCGAAGCAGCUGACGGAGCUGCUCGAGCAGGUUAGCGGGAGUGGCGAUCUGCAAGGGGAGUACAACGCGAAGAAGGCCGCGGUAGAAAGGGCGAAUGAGGCGCUCACGACGGCGUCGCUCGAAAAGCGCGGCGCCGCGGUGGCCGUCCAACAGAUGCGCCUGGCCAAGAAAGAGGCGGAGCGCUACGAGGAACUCUUCAAGCAGUUCAACGACACCACGCAGGAGCUGGCCCUCACCGAACUCUUUGCUCUUGAGACGGAGCUGGAGAAGCAGAAGUCGGAGCUGCAGCAGCGCCAGGCGGCGUUGGCGGACGUGGAAAAGGGCGUCGUGACCGAAGAGGCGAUCCGCGACAUGAAGCGGACGUACGCAGCGCGCCACAAAGCGUACCUGGAGGAGCUGAAGAAGGCGCGCAAGUCGGCAGACGACCUGCGCAACAAGCACAACACCGUGGAGCGCAUUAAAGCCGCGCUGGCGCACCUCACGCGCAAGUCUGACAUUCAGCAACAGGAACUCGCAGCCGCGCAGAAAGCGACGACCAUCCGCUCUGCCGAAGCGCAGCGACUGGAGGGGCAGCUGCAGAAACAGAAAGCGCUGCUGGAAACCUUCGAGAAAAGUUGCGUCAAGGAGGACAAAGAGCGCGUCACGCUGCAUUCGGCGCUCACGCCGCAGCAGCUGGAGGAGUACCGACGACUGCGCAAGGAGGCGGAUUGCGAGACAGUCACGUUGCGCCAACGCCGGGAGACGGUGCUGCGGCAACGGGACUCGAUCCAGGAGGGGCUGAAGCAGUGCGAACGGCGCGCCGAGACACACCAGCAGCAGAAGAAAGAACUGGAGCAGGCGAUUGAGACGGCAACGGCCUACGGCGGCGAGCUGCAGCGGCGACGCAGUGAGCUGGAGGAGACGGUGGUCACCCUGCAACGCCAGCUCGUGGAUGCCAAAAACGACUUGGAGAAGAUGCAGACCAAGAGCAAGGAGCGCGAGGCGGAGCUGGCCAAGCUGCAGGAGCAGCUGCACGAGAUGCGCUAUAUGAAGGACACAAACAAGCAGAACAGCCGCAUGGCCGAUGCAUUGCAGGCUCUGCGCUCCCUCUUUCCGCUGCGUGGCCGCAUGGUGGACCUGUGCACCGUGCCGAGCGACCGCCAUAGGAAUGCCGUGACGGUGGCGAUGGGCAAGAAUUUGGAGGCGAUCGUCGUCGACACCACCGCGGUGGCCAUUCGUUGUGUGAAGUACCUGAAGGAGCAGCGCAUGCCGCCCAUGACGUUUCUGCCUCUGGACAGCGUUCAAGGAAAGGCCGUCGAUGACCGCCUGCGCACCUUCGGCGGCACCUGCAAGCCCAUCGUGGAUGUGGUGCGCUUCGACGCCGAGCUGGAGCCCGCCGUCCGCUUCGCGUUGGGGCAGACGCUGCUCUGCGACGCGGUGGCGGAGGCGAAGACGAUCGCCUACGGCCGCCCAGACGGAGAACGGUUCAAGGUGGUCACGUUGGACGGCACAGUUCUGCUCAAGAACGGGUCGGUGCAGGGCGGGCUCGCCUCCGUGCAGAGCCGCGCGCGGAAGUGGGACGAGAAAAAGUAUGAGGACUUGCGCGUAGCGCGGGACCGCCUGCUGAGUGAGGCCGCCGUCGGCGGCGAGGCGGAGCUGGCACGUCUGCACAUCGCCCUGCGUGAUAUGGAGGCACGUCGUGACUUCGCGGCGAAGCGCAUCGACGUUGUGCGCGCGGAGCAGGCUGCCAACGACGCCAAGACGGUGCGGCUGCGGGAGGAGGUGGUGAAGCUGGAGGGACGGGAAGCCGAGUACGCCGAACGCCACGCCGGGUACACGAAGGAGCUGCAGGCGAUCCACAAAGAGCUGUUGGAAACCUCCAAGGCGAUCUCGCGCGCGGAGGGACAGGUCUUCGCGGAAUUCCAGAAGACGGUGGACGUACCGAACUUGCUGCACUUGGAGGGCAAGGAGGCGCAAGAGGCGAAGCAGCGCGCCGAGCGCCGUCAGGAGCUGUUGCUGGUAGUCCACAAGCUCGAGAGCUCGCUGGAGAUGGAGGUGAAGCAGGUGGGCGGCAACAAGGUGGCCGAUCUCGAAGAGGCACGCACGCGACUGGAGAAGGAGAAGAAUCAAUGCAAGAAAGACCUCGCCGACUACAAGCUGCUCGUCGAGAAAGCAGAGCGGCAGCACUUGGAGGUGCGGAAGAGCGCGACGAAGAGCCGCGCUGAGCUCGAUGCGCUGGAGAACCAGAUUCGCAGUGCAACGCGCAACUCUGAGGUGGAGCUGGGCCGGCUCGCCCAAGCACGCAAGCUUGUGACGGCGCUGCAAAUCGCGUGUGAUUCGCUGAGGCUUCGCCGGUUGAACCUCGUCCGGCGCUGCCAAAUGGACGAGAUCGCACUGCCGCUGAAGCCGCAUGCCUCCUCCGGCACGAAGCGGGGCCGCGGUGAGGAGAGUGACGCGAGCACGCUGGUCUCUUCCUCCUCUUCCUCGCAUACCUCUGGUCCCUCCGCGGUGACUUCUGCGGCGCGCCGACGCCCCGCGCCGACAUCUACCUUCGGCGGCAGUGGCGUAUUGCUGCUCUCCGAGCCGUUUUCGCUGGUGGUGGAAGGCCCUGGCGCGGAGGGGAACGCACGGAAGACGGCCACCUCCUCCUCUCCUCCCGUCGACACCGAGGCCAUCCUGUGCAUCGACUUUUCUUCUCUCGCGGAGCCGCAGCGUCUGGCCGGGGCGGAGCGGACGCAGUUCGCCGCCUACCGCCAGCGCACCCAAGCCCAGCUGGAGGCCCUGCACACGGAGAUGGAGUCGCUCGCGCCGAACAUUAAGGCAUCGGCGCGGAUGACGGCCUCGGAAGACCGACUCGGCACCUCCUCCACCCUCGUGGAGGAGACCCGCGAGGCGGCGCGGGUGGCGACGAGAGAGUUUAACCGCGUGAAGGAGCUGCGAACGGCGCAAUUUAUGGAGAUGUACGAGAAGGUGGCAGCCACGGUGGAUCGGGUCUACCGUGAGCUGACCAUGGGCACCCGCGCGCAGGCCGUGCACGGCUCGGCCUACCUUAGCCUGGAGGACGUGGAGGAGCCCUACCUUAGCGGCACCACCUACCACGCCACGCCGCCCCUCAAACGUUUUAUGCCGAUGGAGCUGCUCUCUGGGGGCGAGCGCACCAUGGCGGCGCUGGCGCUGCUUUUUGCGAUUCACGAGGUGUCGCCGACUCCGUUUUUCGUGCUGGACGAGGUGGAUGCCGCGCUGGACGCUGGCAACGUGGAGAAGCUCGCAAACUACCUGCGCAAAAACUGCCAGUCCUGCCAGUUUGUUGUGGUGUCGCUAAAAGACCAGCUUUACCACAUGGCGGACAUCUUGCUGGGCGUGAUGAAAGAUAAGGAACGAGAGAGCUCGAAGGUGCUGACGAUGGACCUGCGGGGCUACCCCUACUAG